UGGGACCUUAAGGGGCCAAGCUUAGGGGUGUGUUAGAGGGAUCUCUCUUCCUUAUAUACUUCCCACGCCGCUGGGGAUCCUCAUUACUUGCACUUACUUCGUUUGUUCUCAACCCGCUCCUUCCAAUCCCCCCCCGCCCACUCCCCCAUCAUCUUCACCCCGUCCCUUACAAUACCACCGCUACUGCUAUCACACUUGAAUUCCUUGCAGCCAGCCAGCCGCCCCCACGCUUAUCAUCCAACGUCUUCCCACUUAGCCUUCCAACUGUUUGCCGCCACACCCCCCCCCCCCAACGCGCAGCCUUCGAAUAACUCCCCCCCUUCCUCUGCUGCCUUUGUAUAUCUGCGCUUAGUGCCUGCUCUGUCUUGCUUGACUGCAUGCUCUGCGAGUCAGCUCUGCUCUGGCCAUUUCUCGCUCGGCAUUUGGGUGUCUCUGCUAAUCGUCUUCCGUUCUCUUGAGUCGCGAGAGCGUUAAUUACGGUGGAGGGCGCUUUGUCGUUCGAGGCGUGACAACUUGGUGUUUAUUUGGGACAGGAAGGUGAAAGGAAAGAAGGAGGUGGGAUUAGGUGUUUGAUUGCAAGGAAAGACCGGUUGGGUGGUCAGUUGUUGUGAGAGUUCACAAGUGAUUGGGAUUUCUGGUCGGUCUUCCUGAAUAGGGUCGUGCCUUGUUUCUUUCUGCGAAGUAAGAGUCGGGUUGUCGCGAGCUUGUUGCGAUCGUCUGCGUGGCGCUUACUCGGGGACAAUAUUUUUGCUCCCGUAGUUGGUUUUUGGGUUACUGUUAUCUGGUUUGAGCUCUUCUUCCGUGACUCAGGAAUCGGUUUAAACCUUCAAUCCUGCUAAGGUGUCGUGUAUCGUUCUUUCUCCAAUAUCUGCCAGUAUUUGGACGCUUAUUUUCCGCGUUUCCGAUAAUUCUUCGCCCAAUACCAUUAGAAGUUUUUCUUCUGCGCAGCUCAAUGCUGCUGCUGUAGCGAGUCUAUUCUUUCCCGUUAAACCUUGAGCUACUCUUGAUUCCACGCUUGUUCUCCGGAGAAAUUGGCAUCUAUUUCUUUCUGCUUGUUGGGGUCGCAUUGUUCUUUACAGAUUUAGUUGCUUCACGCUAUCUGGUUCGCGCGCUUGUCCGUCAGGCCUGGCCUGUUGUUUGUAGCACAAGAAAGUCGCUCCCUAUCGUUCUCUCUCCUCCCCCGUGUUAUACCAGACAGCCCUGCUGGCGACCUCAAGCAUUUCCGCGUUUGCCCCCGCCGCUGCUCUCAACCUCUCUGGUUCCACUCAGCCUUUAGAAAAUUGAUUCAGUAGCGGUCGAGCCGAGGCUGCGGCCUCGGCUGCUAGCCAGGAGCGUGCUGCGCCGUAUUCUGCACCCAUCUUCCCGAAGGAAAAAAUGCCCCCCCUAGCAGACCCCAUGCUUUUUGACCCUUCUUUCGAGCUCACCAGUUCUCUCUGUGUGAGGCCUUUUAAACCAUGGUCUGUCCAGAGCUCUGCGCAGCUUUACCGUGUGGACGGAUGGGGAGCCCCUUUCUUCAAGAUUAACUCCCGUGGUAACAUGGCUGUGCGACCUUACGGUGCCAAGACCGCCCCCAACGACGAGAUCGAUCUCAUGGACACCGUUCACAAGAUAGUCGCGAGCCAGGACAACAUCACCAUGCCUCUGAUUAUCAGGUUCCCGGACAUUCUCAAGAACCGGAUGGACACCUUACAAGCGGCCUUCGAUAGAGGUAUCACGCGUCAGAGGUACGCAGGACGCUUCCAGGGUGUUUUCCCAGUUAAGUGUAACCCUGAUCGGUAUCUAAUUGAAGAGAUCGUUUCUCACGGCCGCCGUAUCAAUUUCGGACUCGAAGCUGGUUCAAAGCCAGAGCUUCUAAUGGUCAUGGCUGCUAUGUGCAACGCUAGUACUACUGCAUUCUUGAUAUGUAAUGGCUACAAGGAUGCAGAGUACGUGAAAAUGGCGCUGGCAGCUCGUAGUAUUGGCCUCAACACUGUGAUAGUUUUGGAGCAGUUGGAAGAGCUUGACAUUGUUAUCAAGAUGAGUAAGCAGCUACAGAUUCGGCCCGUCAUUGGUGUUCGGGCGAAGCUGAGCACUAAACACGCAGGUCACUGGGGCGAAACCUCGGGUGAGAAGGGGAAAUUUGGUCUGUCCACUUCUGAGAUUGUACAGGUUGUGAAGCGGUUGCGGAAGGUUGACAUGUCGGACUGCUUGCAGCUUCUGCACUUUCAUAUCGGCUCUCAGAUCCCUUCACUCAGCAUUGUAAGGGAGGGCGUUAGUGAGGCUGCUCACAUCUUCUGUGAGCUGGCCCUCAUGGGCGCCAACAUGAAGGUUAUCGACAUUGGAGGAGGGCUAGGUGUGGACUAUGACGGGACUCACUCCUCGUCUUCGGACAUGUCCAUCGGAUACAAUAUGGAGGAGUAUGCAGAAACAGUUGUUGAGGCAAUAAAGGAAGCCACCAUUCAGAAGAAUGUUAGUCAGCCUACUCUGUGUUGCGAGAGUGGCCGUGCGCUCGUCUCGCACCACUCGGUUCUUGUGUUCGAUGUCCUUUCGGCUCACAAGAAUGGCGGGAGUGCCUGCGACCGAGGAGUCUCUUACAAUAUUGACGGUCUUCCUGAAGCUCUGGCAUAUUUAAGGGACGAUCUUGUAAGGAGUGUUGAUGAUGGUGAUCAUGAAUGCAUUCUGACAUGUGCGAAGAAGCUGAAGUAUGAAAGUACCCGUCUGUUCAAACAGGGAUUACUUGGCCUCGAGGCUCGUGCAGCCAUUGAUGAGUUGUUCGAAAUUGUCUCCGUCUUCGUUGACCAGAAGGAAAGUGAUGCUAACAUGGACCAGAAUGGUUGCGGUGAUCGACCCGGAAGUCAUAAGGCGAGCAGCGAUUAUUACACCACGUAUCACAUUAAUUUGUCCAUCUUCAAGUCCAUUCCGGAUAGUUGGGCCAUUGGCCAGCUCUUCCCCAUUGUUCCUCUUCAUCGUUUGGAGGCUGAGCCGACUGAGAGAGUCAUUCUCUCUGACCUUACAUGCGACAGUGAUGGAAAGGUCACGACUUUCAUUGGGAAUGACAAACCUGGUGCGGAGACAGCGAAGCAUCUGCCUGUUCAUGAGCUUGAAGGUGACAAACCCUAUUACAUGGGGAUGUUUCUCGGAGGAGCAUAUCAGGAAGUGCUUGGAAGCUUGCACAAUCUCUUCGGUAAUCCACAUGUCAUUCAUGUUGUGCCGUCGAAGAGCGCGGGUGGCUUCCGUAUUUCCAAGUUUCUCCGAGGUCAGAAUUUGGCGAAUGUAUUGUGCGCGAUGAAUCAUGAGCCACACCUGAUGUUUGAGAACCUCAAAGAACGAGUGGACGGUUAUUUGGAUGGAACGUAUGAGAAGGAAAUCACUGCAGAGACUUUGAUGUCCAGCUUCACCUCUUACACAUACCUUGCCCCAGAGAGGAGCUGUGCUUUUCAGCUCAACAAGAGUUUCUACCCUUAAGGCACUGGCACAUUGUGUUUCAUAGUAUGCCUUUUUUGCAGAAUGUUACGUUUCGCUGUCUAGUUAUACAGAUUCAGGCAUGGGCUUUGCAGGCACUGUGGGGUUGACAGUAUCCAUGGUGUCUGGAGAACAUUGUUUUCUUGCCCUCUUUUACAAACAUUCAUUUUACUCAAGACGCUGCAAUUCACCAAUUGCGAAGUUGUGUAUUUUGUCCUUGCACAGUAACCUUUUUAUUUUAAAAAACAUUUCUCUCUUUUUCUUUCAAA